UGCAUAUGUUAUAGACACAUAUUUUAUAGUAAUAUGAUCAACUAUCAAGUUAAUGUUGUGAACAAUGGCCUUUUGUUGUGAAAUAAUUGUGAAUUUCUGCUUCAUUCUCUAUGCACUGUAGUUUUAAGAUCUUUUUAUUUGCAUUGAAGGUAUGGCUAAUGGUACUAGAUCCUCUAGUAGGAAAGCUAAGGAUGAUGAAAAUAAUGAUUUAAAAGGAAGUCAAAAUAUUGGUAAAAAGUCGGUAAAUCUGGGUGCUGCUACAGCAGAAACAUCUGGUGUUAGGAGGUCACCUAGGGAAACCCUAUCUAAGAAAAACAUGACUCCGCCAAGUUCUUCUGGUAUGCGGAAGUCAGAGCGUCUUGAGAAGCAGACUUCAAAUUUGAAUUCAAUGACUCCGGCUAAGAGGAAAUCUGAGCGAGUUGAGAAGAAAAAAGGCAUGAAGAAUGCUAGUCCUUUGAGGAGAUCUGAGAGGGGUAAGAUAUCCUCAUCUGCUUCUUCAGGAUCAAAGAGAUCUGAUAAGAGCUUGAAUGUGUUGAAAACGAAAAGGAAGAAAGAGAAAAAAAACAAGUGUGUCAAACAAUCGACAAUGCAAACUGUAGAAAUUAAAAAAGUCGAGCAAGAAGGUGAGCAAGCUGAAGAAACCCAGAAGAAGAGAAUGACUGCUCGCUCGUAUAAAGCAUUGUUCAUAAAACAACCCAAGAAAGUUGAUGGAACAGAUUGUUCCAAAUAUCUGAAUGGAGCUGAUAGUGGAAGGAGGGAGGAGGAAAUUUUAGUAGAUUUCACCGAGAGAACCCAUGAAAGGACUACGGUGACAAAUACAAGUCGAUUUGCUGAGGAAGAGCCUAAAAGAAAAGAUGAGCAUAAAUUGUUUCCUACUAGCCAAAAGAACAGCUGCAAUAAUAUGUCUUCUAAUGGGGGUGAUCCACAAUUGUCCCAGAAUGUUUUGGUAUCAGGAGAAACGAAUGAUGCUACUGAAACAACCUCGAUUAAAAAUCUACAAAGUCCACAGUUGGUAAACUCCAUCGUGCCUGGAGAGUUCCUUGAUUGCGAUAUCAGUGUGGAGACGAUUCUAGAAGUCAUGCCUUCCGAAAGGAAAGGUCAUGAUAUAGACAUUGAUUCCGUUGCUUCUCCAAAAUUGUCAAGUCAUGAAAUUGGCACCUACACCGGGGAUGGAACUUCAUUGUCAUCUGGUUGCAAAAGAAAAGAUUACACUGAGACUUGUGGAAUGUGUUCUAAAAGGCAAAGGGUUGACUGCAAUUCAACAAAGCAGGAGAUUUGCUCUUCUAAUAUGAAAUUAAACCAGUUCUUUGGAUCCUCUGAUGUUAAGGAUAUGGGGAAACUUGAUGCUGGUAUUAGCACAGGACAUAUUGAAAAGCCCUGUAAUCAUAUACAGCAGCAUAUGCCCUCUGAAGCACUUCAAACAGGCUCUGGUCAGAGUACUUGCAUCAUAUGCGUACUUGAUGGAAAGCUUUUAUGCUGUCAUGGAAAAGGAUGCCAAAGACGCUACCAUCUUUCAUGUCUUGAACCUCCCCUUGAGGAGUUUCCUCUUGGAGUUUGGUACUGUCCUGAAUGUGUGUGGAAAAAAAUAGAAUCAGGGAUUUAUUCAGUUUCUGAGGGAAUUGAAGCAAUUUGGGAUUCUAGAGAACUGGAGACUUCAGAUGAUGGAUUGCAAAGCGAGAAGCAAUAUUUUGUGAAAUACAAAGGUCUUGCUCAUGUUCAUAAUCGUUGGGUACCAGAAAAUCAGGUGUUGCUUGAAGCUCCAUCACUCAUUGCAAAAUAUAACCGAAAAAAACAGGGUGCCGUUUGGAAGCAACAAUGGGCUGUCCCACAUCGUUUGCUACAGAAAAGAUUGUUGACAGCUCCCAAGGAGUGUGGUGAGCAUCAUAAUAAAGAGCAUGAUGUUGAUAAGUUAAACUGUCAUGUCGAGUGGCUUGUGAAAUGGUGUGGUCUUAAUUAUGAGCAUGCUUCAUGGGAGUUGGGGAAUGCCUCCUUCUUCAGUUGUCCCGAAGGUCAGCGGCUUAUACAAGAAUAUGAAACUCGCAAGAAGGCCCAGAGAGCUUCUAAAUUUGAUAAGGAAAGAGCAGUUGAAUCCCUGAAAUUUUCUCACUUACCGGCUGCAGUUUCAUCUGGAAUGGAUGCUAAUCAUGAUGCUGUUAGCAAAUUAUGUAACUAUUGGCAUAAGGGCCAGAAUGCUAUCAUUUUUGAUGAUCAGGUAUGUUUGCUAAAAAUUAUUGUUAUUCAGGAAAGGAUUUCAAAUGUUAUUUCUUCCAUUCUAGCCUUUUCGUCUGAGAUCUCUAGGCCUUUUCUGAUUAUCUCUUCCUCUGCUUCACAAUAUUCAUGGGAUGAGGAGUUCUUGCAUUUAGCGCCAUCUGUUGAUGUUGUUGUUUACAGUGGCAGUAAAGAAAUUCGGAAUAGCAUUAGUAACCUGGAGUUUUAUGAUGAUGGAGGUUGUAUAAUGUUUCAAGUACUUAUAACCUCACCAGAAGUUAUCAGCGAGGACUUGAACGUGCUUGAUUGCAUAGUAUGGGAGGCGAUAAUAGUGGAUGAGUGCCAAAAUCCCAGAAUUGGUUAUUGUUUUGAACAAAUUAAGAUGUUAACUGCCAGUAAAAGGCUUCUAAUAAUCAGCAGUCAACUGAAGGGUAAUGCGGCUGAGUACCUUAAUCUUCUUUCGUUGCUUGAUUCUCGAAGUGAUUCAAAUGACAGUGAGCUAUCGAAUUCAAGUGACAAUAUUGGCACUUUGAAGGAGAGGUUGGCGAAGUAUGUUGCUUAUGAGUGCAAGCUAGAAUCAUCUAGGUUUCUGGAGUACUGGGUUCCUGUACUCUUAUCCAAUGUGCAAUUAGAGAAGUAUUGUUUUACUCUAGUUUCAAAUUCUCUCUCUUUGUGCUCACCUUCAAAGACUGAUCCUGUUGGAGUUCUCCGUAGCAUUGUUGUAUCCAGCCGAAAGUGUUGUGAUCAUCCUUAUGGUGUGGAUCAAUCCCUUCAAAUGUUGCUCACUAAAGGCCUUCAAGAGUUUGAGUAUUUGGAGGUUGGAAUAAAAGCAAGUGGCAAAUUACAACUUCUUGAUGCAAUGCUUUGGGAGAUCAAGAAACGAGAGUUAAAAGUGCUUAUUCUUUUCCAGUACAUUGGUGGUUCUGGAAGGGAUUUGAUUGGAGAUAUUUUGGAUGACUUUCUGCGUCAAAGAUUUGGUGUAGCUUCCUAUGAACGUGUUGAUAAUAGUGUCGUCUUUUCAAAAAAGCAAUCUGCUUUGAACAGAUUCAAUAAUGAGAGGGAGAGAUUUGUCUUUUUAUUAGAAUCACGUGCUUGUCUUCCCAGCAUCAAGUUAUCUGCAGUUGGUACUGUGAUAAUAUUUGGAAGUGACUGGAGUCCAGUGAACGAUCUAAGAUCCCUGCAGACGAUAACUCUUGAUUAUCAAUUUGAGCAAAUUAAAGUAUUCCGCUUGUAUUCAUCAUUUACUGUGGAGGAAAAACUUUUGAUUCUUUCAAAACAAGAUAAGGCAACUGAUAGCAACAUAGAGAAUAUAAGCCCCAGUACUAGUCACAUGCUGCUUAAAUGGGGGACUUCAUACCUAUUCAGUCAAUUGGAAAAGUUUCACGAUAUUUCAACGCUGGAUGCAAGUACCUUGUCUCAGCAAUCACAUUUAAAAGAUGUGAUUCAAGAAUUUUCUACCAUACUGAAUCAAACUGGUAUAGAUGAUAAAAGCAAGUUAUCCCUAAUUUUACAAGCCAAACAAAAUCAGGGAACAUAUAAGACAGAAAUGCAAUUGUUUGGUGAGCAGAGAAUUCGAGUGAUGGAUGAAGAUCCAGCCCACACAUUUUGGACAAAGCUUUUGGAGGGAAAGUGUCCUAGGUGGAAGUAUUCUACUUCUACUUCUCAGAGGAAUCGGAAAAGGGUUCAAUAUUUUGAUGAGUCAAAAAAGGAACCUCAUGCUGAAAGUGCUGAAGUUGGAAAGAGACGUAAGAAGUGUGUUGGUGAUGGCAAUGAUCAUCCCUCUCCAAAAGCUCUGCUGCAAGAGAGGAAAUUGGCUGCUGCAGACAAGGAAGGAACCUCAGCUUCUGGGAGUGAUAAAAUUCACACAACCUGUAACUCACUUCAUGAAGCCAAUAUUAUCUCAGAAAUGCCAGCUCUUAAAGUGGGUGAAUGGGAGAGCAGAAGAAAACAGCGUGACUCACAAAAGAAUCUCCAUGUUCUUUUGAGGCCACAAAUAGCAAAACUUUGUGAAAUUCUACAUCUUAAAGAGGAUGUCAGGGCCAUGGUUGAAAGGUUUCUUGAAUAUGUCAUGAAUAAUCAUCUGGUCCAUAGGGAACCAGCAACCAUUUUGCAGGCAUUUCAAAUUUCUCUGUGUUGGAGUGCUGCUGCUUUUUUGAAGCAGAAACUUGAUCACAAAGAAUCAGUUGCACUUGCAAAGCAGCAUCUAGGUUUCACCUGCAAGAAAGAAGAUGCAGACUAUGUUUAUUCACUGCUGCGGUGUCUGAAGAGAAUGUUUCUGUACCGAACAGGGUAUUUGAAGCUUCCAAGCUCUCCUAAAUCUUCUGGACUAUCAAGUAAAGCUGUUGAAAGAGUUUAUACUGAUGCAACAUCAUACCAGCAAAACAUAAAAGAAAAGGUUGAAGAUUUGUCGAGUUUUCGAGAGAGUUCUGAUAUACAGACCAUUUCAGAGUCUGCAGUUGCCCCAGAAAUUCAAUUGGCACAGAGAGAUCUCAUAAAAAGCAUAAAAGACAUUCAGAAAAAAAUCAAUAAGCUAAUGAAAAAACUGACUGAAAAACAUAAGCAGGAAAUAGAAGAAUUUAACCAGAAGUACCAAGAAAAAAAGGAAGAGCUCGAGAAUAAGAAAAGAACAGAAGCAGCGGUUAUACGUUUGCAUAGUAAUGUCUCGACAAGGACUGACAAGCUCAAGAAUUUGGACACUGAAUAUGCAAGGGAGUUUGAUGAACUAGAACGGCGGAUGCAUACACAACUUAAGGAUCUUGAGGCCUUACAAGUGGCAGCAAGAACCAAUAUGCAAGAAAGAAAGACUCGUUGGGUCGAAUCAGUGAAGACCUGGGCCAGGGUAGAGCUAGUGAAGUUACCUGAUGAAUUAAGCAAAGCUGAUGGACAGGUUCACUUGCGAAAAACUGUGGUUGCCAAUUCUGGUGAAGGCCAGGAGAACCUUGUGUCAGCAGAAGCACUUCCAUUGGAAGAAAUAUCUAAUGGAGCUGCAUUAGACAAUUUUGAUGGUGAGGUUCAUUUGGGGGCACCUGAGACUCUCAGUUCUAGGGAAGGUUAUGAGAGUUUGCCGUCAUUGUUGGUACCUUCAUCUGAAGAAGUUCCUGGUGGAGCCACAUUAAACAGAGUUGACCGGGAUAUUCCCUUGAGUAGACCUGAAGCUUUCUGUUCUUCUGAAGGUCAGGAGAAUAUGAUGUCUCCUGAAUGUUCAUUUGAGAAACAGAUUCCUACAUUGAAUGUGCCUGAUGAAGAAAUUCCAAAGGGUAUAUCUGAGAUUGCAACUUCCUGUGAUGGAAUUGAUAUUAUUGUCUGCAUGAAAUCCUCAUCUAAAGAACAAAUACCUGAUACAGCUGCGUGUUAUAUGCCUGUUAAAGAGGUCUCUUUGGAAGAAACUGAAACUGCUCCUGGUGAAGUCCUCGACGAUGGCAGUGGCCAAAGAGAGAAUGAUGGAACAAGCCCCAUUGAAAAUGACCAGCAGGAUGGCGUACUAUGCAGUGUGAACAUGGAAUCUGAACCCCAAGAACAUUCAUCAGAUCUGGUAUCCACAGAUGUCGAAUCUCUAACAUUUGCUUCCUCUGAAGUGCAAGCAAGAUGCCUUGCAAACAGUGAAAUGCAAAAUGCUUCCCAGGCAGCUGAAACUUCACCUUUUAGUAGUGCCGUUGAUGUGACUUGCAACGUGUCUAAUCCUGAUGCCACACCUGUGGAACUUACAGAGCAAAUGCAGCAGCUGAGAUCCUCUGAAUCUGCUUCUAACCUCUCUCCUCCUGAUCUACCUUCUGUUAGUGCAAUUGAACAUCAAUCAAACAAUGAAGGCCAAACUGCCAACCAAAGUUCUCAGGAUCCAAGGCAACCAGUGGUAAACCAAAUUGAGAUCUCCAAUCAAGAUGUCUUGCAGCCUCUGGAUUCACCAAUUGAUGGUGUUCUUGAUGGGCUUCUGAGGCAGGCUUCAGAAACAAGGACAGCUCCAGUCCCUUUUGUUUCUAAUGGCCUUCCCUUGCCGACUGCACCUGCUGUUUCAUCUCGGAUGCCUAUAACUUUGUAUCAUGACCCACUUCAAAUUGAAAUGGAAAGAAUAAUUAAAGUCAAAGAGAAAACCACCAAGAUUCGUGAAGACACGAAUCUGCAGCUGAAAUUAGAACGUGACAAGGAGAUUGAGGAGGCUGUAGCUCAGAUUCGUAGAAAGUUUGAAGUUAAACUUAAGGAGAAGGAAGUAGAAUUUCUUCUCCAGAAAAAGCAGCUUGAUGUAAAUUACAAUAAAGUUCUCUUGAAUAAGAUCUUAGCUGAGGCUUUCAGGUCUAAAUGUAUGGAUAAUAGGCCAUCUGGUUCAGCUUGUGAAAAGCAAGGGGCAAAUUCUAUUUUCUUGCAGCAGCUGUUUCAACUGUCAUCGCAACAGAUGGAACAACCUUCCACUGCUUGCGGUCUCCCUUCAACUGGAUCUGCUUUGAGUAUGCCAACUGUUUCAUCUGCUGCUGUCAAUGCACAAACCAUGAGUCCAUCUUGGCAGCCUUCCACUGCUUCAGGGAUCCCUUUAAAUGGCCCAGCUAGUAGCAUGGGAACUGUUUCUCAUGCUGUAGUCGAUGCACAAACAAUGGGUCCACCAUUACAUGUUGUUAACCCUUCGGCUUUAUACUCAGGCACUCCAACUAGACAUCUCCAUAUCAGUAACGUCUCCUCUUCAGCAGGAAACCUUCAAAGAGGUACUGAAGUUCGUGCUCCUGCCCCUCAUUUACAGCCAUUUAGGCCUUCAUCAUCCAUUUCCCCAAGCAGUCUCCCAUUGCAUUCUCUUGGAAUGUCAAGUCAGCAGGAAAAUAAUAACCACCCUGCAGAUUCUGUCGUUGAGCAGGCAUCUACUACAGGCCAAUCUGGUAGGACCCAACAUGGAAUUGCAAGAGGGUUGGCAUCUUCACAUAACUCUCGUUUACCUUCAUUGGAUGUUUUAAUGGGUGUAAAUAAUACAUCUAGUGUCGAUGCAAAUCCCCCAGGUUUUUUGUUACCAAAUAGUUCAAGGUCGACUACGAGGUUCCAUCUGGAAUCUCACGUGCUAAGUAGUCACCCUAACUCGGCACAGAAAAGUGGGGGAGCAACUGACAUUGUUUGCUUAUCAGAUGAUGACCAAUCAUAA